UUUAAUACAUUUCCAUCCAACUCAGUCUUCCACGUGCUCCUGGGGAGUCUCCCCUGUUUCCAAUACCACUUCCACACCUACACAACACUACUACACAUACAUCUCUCUCUCUCUCACUAACUUCAAUGCCAUUUUCCUUCCCUUUCUUGCUCCCUUUUUCUCUCCUUUUCAUCCUCACUCUUUGACUGUCUUCUACUUCCUCCUCCCUCUCUCUCUAUACCAGGAGUGGUAGGAAUAUUGAAACAGAGCAAAAUCCUCUGUUUUCAAAACCAAAACCACUUCAUAUUCAUCCAUUGUUGCAGAGCAAAGUCUACUUUCUCAAGCAUCACAAUCAACCAUUUUAGUACAACCCCACGAAGCAAAAAAAGGAGAGUUUCCUCUUGACCCUACAAUCCACAUGGAAGGAAUCAAAGGAGGUGGAAAGGUUGGUGUAGGUGAAGGGUUUGAAGUGUUUGAUAAUGGAACUCAAUGCAUCAACCAUCCUCACAGAAACAGCCCUGGUGGGAUCUGUGCUUUUUGCCUCCAAGAAAAGCUUGGUAAACUUGUCUCUUCCUCUUUCCCUCUCCCUAUACACCCUUCUUCCUCUUCUUCUUCCUCUACCCCUUCUUUCAGAUCCCACCACACUGCUGCUACUUCAUCUUCUUCCUCUUCUCUUCCUCUCUCUGCCCCUCAGAAAAACCAUAGCCACCAUGAUCAUGUUCAUGCCUCACGCCUCCCUUUUCUGUUAGCUAAGAAGAAGAAGAAACCCUGUUCUAAUAACCCUUCUUCUUCAACCUCUGAUGUUGUUUUCAAGCGCAGCAAAUCCACUGCAACUCCUAGAAUGGGAAAGUUUCUCAAUGAAGAGGAUUUCAGUCCUAGGAAGAAAAACAAGUUUUGGUCAUUUCUGUAUCUAUCUUCUUCUAAGCACUCUGCCUCUUGCAGCAGCAAAUUUGAAGCUAAGAGCUUCAGCAACAGCAAUGGCAGCCCAAGGAUCUCAACAUUGAAGCAUAAAGACAAGAACAACUUUGGUUCUUCUCUGGGGAGGAAGAGUGACAUGGUGAUGGUGGUGGAAGAGGAUAAUGUUGUUGUUAGUCCUAAUAAUGGCCACUCUUCUUCUCUGGACCGCAAGGUUUCAAGAUCUAGAUCUGUUGGUUGUGGUAGCAGAAGCUUCUCUGGUGAUUUCUUUGAGAGAAUUUCCACUGGUCUUGGAGAUUGUACUCUCAGGAGGGUGGAGUCUCAGCGUGAGGGUAGUAAGAGUAAGGUAGGUUCUGCAUCUCACUGCAUGAAAGAAAGAGUGAGGUGUGGUGGCUUGUUUGGUGGGUUCAUGAUGAUGACUUCAUCUUCUACUUCUUCAUCUUCAGCUUCCUCUUAUUGGAUUUCUUCCUCUUCUGCUGAUGAUGGUAUCAAUGGGGAUUCACUCUCACAUGGAAAGGGUAGGAGUUGGGGUUGGACACUUGCUAGUCCCAUGAGAGCUUUUAGCAGCAAAAACUCUUCCAAGGACAACAAGAGGGGUUCUUCUGUGAAGAAUCCAACUCCAAAUUUAUCAGCUAUUCCUUCAUUGCUCACUGUCAGAAGCUGAAACAGAAAUUGGGAAAGUAGAAGAAGAAGAAGAGUCAUUUGGAGGAUUCAAUUUGGUUUUAUCUGCAUGCUGUUGUUACAUUAGCAUGCUGUUCAUCAUUACUCUGUCUAUUAGUUCUCUGUUUAUCUUGAGGGUGGGCCAUAGUUUUCUUUCAUUAUUAAUAAUGUAAUAAGCUAAUAAUAUCUUUUAAUUUCCUAUCCCAAUUCUUUCUUUUCUGGAUGGAUAGUGGUUUCUUGUGUUUAUACUCAGGUGGGUGGGUUAUGAACUUGUUAUCAUAGGCUAUGGUACUCUUCAAUCCUUUAUGGCACUGUAUGUAGUGUGUGUAGUGUUUAGAGUGAAGAGAGUCUUGUGCAUGUUUGGAAACCUUUGAUUCUAAAGUCAAAACUAUUUAUUGGGAGGGAGAAGCUUCUGUGAGUAGCUUUCAGGUCUCACAAUUGAUUCUGAAAAAAUUUAUCGAAUGUUAGAAUUGAAAAUAGAAGUUGGUCCAUUCUUGUUAUCAGUA